CCAAGCUCUGCGCGCUCUACAAAGAGGCUGAGCUGCGCCUGAAGGGCAGCAGCAACACCACGGAGUGCGUUCCGGUGCCCACCUCCGAGCACGUGGCCGAGAUCGUGGGCAGGCAAGGUUGCAAGAUUAAGGCUCUGAGAGCCAAGACCAACACCUACAUCAAGACACCUGUGCGAGGUGAGGAGCCAGUGUUCAUGGUGACCGGGAGGCGGGAAGAUGUGGCCACAGCCCGGAGGGAAAUCAUCUCAGCAGCUGAGCACUUCUCCAUGAUAAGAGCCUCACGCAACAAGUCUGGCGCCGCCUUUGGUGUGGCCCCUGCUCUGCCGGGCCAGGUGACCAUCCGUGUACGAGUGCCCUACCGUGUGGUGGGACUGGUGGUGGGCCCCAAGGGAGCGACCAUCAAACGCAUUCAGCAGCAGACCAACACAUACAUCAUCACUCCCAGCCGGGACCGCGACCCGGUUUUUGAGAUCACGGGCGCCCCGGGCAACGUGGAACGUGCGCGGGAAGAGAUCGAGACGCACAUCGCAGUGCGCACCGGCAAGAUCCUCGAAUAUAACAGCGACGGCGACUUCCUGGCUGGCAGCCCCGACGCUGCGCUGGACAGCCGCUACUCAGAUGCCUGGCGGGUGCAUGCUCCAGGCUGCAAGCCGCUUUCCUCCUUCCGGCAGAACAGCCUGGGCUGCAUCGGCGAGUGCGGCGUGGACUCGGCCUUCGAGGCCCCGCGCCUAGGCGAGCAGGGCGGGGACUUCGGCUACGGCGGGUAUUUGUUUCCGGGCUACGGAGUGGGCAAGCAGGACGUGUACUACGGCGUGGCGGAGACAAGCCCCCCGCUGUGGGCGGGCCAGGAGAACGCCACGCCCACCUCGGUGCUCUUUUCUGCCUCCUCCUCCUCCUCCUCUUCAGCCAAGGCACGCGCAGGGCCGCCAGGCGCACACCGCUCUCCAGCCACCUCAGCCGGGCAGGAGCAGCUGGCCGGGCUCCCUCGGCGGCCACCUGGAGAGCCACUGCAGGGCUUCUCUAAACUGGGGGCGGGAGGGCUGCGGAGCCCAGGCAGCGGGCGGGACUGUAUGGUGUGCUUUGAGAGCGAAGUGACAGCAGCCCUGGUGCCCUGUGGACACAACCUUUUCUGCAUGGAGUGUGCAGUACGCAUCUGCGAGAGGACGGAUCCAGAGUGUCCUGUCUGCCACAUCACCGCCACGCAAGCCAUCCGAAUAUUUUCCUAAGCUCCCUGUCCCUGGUCUCCUGGGCCCACUGCCCAGGGUGCCACCCUGGACAUUUAGGGCCUUUUGGAAAAUCAGUGACUACAGGGCAAGGUGCUUAGAAAUAUUCACUCGCUGGGGUGGGGAAGGGAGGCAUGAGUGGCUGUGGGGGCAGCCACUUUCAGAACCUCUGGUUACCCUUUGGGAGGGGGCCAGACUGUAAGUUUUACUAGAGUUACAACUCUGAUACCUCAACACACCCUUAAAUCUGGAAGCAGCUAAGAGAAGCUUUUGUUUAGCCUGAAGCCACCAUCAGGACAUCCUGUUCUUUCCCUUCUCCCCAUUCUUGUGUCAUUUUUCUCCUUCCUCUGUGGAGAGGUAAGAGAACACAGGAGGGAGAGAAUUGCCAUCUGUAACUAGAGGUGCUCUUAGUGGUCCCCGGCCCCUCUGGUCCUGACCGCCCACCUCCCGACAUGACCCUUUCUUUAUCCCUCCCCACUCAUACCCUGAGUUUCCAACAGAUAGGAAGGUGGGGGCCUAUCGAAGACCUAGGCAGAUGCUCUGGGGUGGAGGAGGAUGUCAAUCAAUAAAGGGCUCACAACUCAUCUGUCUUACAAAACUGGGCUAGAGAGAUCCAGAAAGAGGGGCUUCUCUUUCCCCUCCAACUUUUUGCUUGGCUUUUUCCCAACUUCUGGGUUUGCCCUUUGCUUCUUUUUCUAUUUCUCCAGUCCCCCCUCCCAUGGCGGUCACUUUCAGUUCCCUCCUGCUCCUCUUAUCUUUCUGCCCUUCCCCCCUUCCUGCCCCUUCUAGCCCAGCUUUGGGGAUACCGCCCUCCUGGGGAGAAGUCUGGUGAACAUGUUGAUAGCACCCCAGUUCCUCCUUAUGUACUGGACAGCCCUACCCCCCACUCCUCCAAAGAAUCAGCUCAGUGACAAUUCCAGAGGGGAAACAAACUAAUAACGGGGUAUUUAAAGGUUGAAACCCCACCUAUAUCACCUAUGGGCAUUAUACUUAGGGAGCACUUCUCCUGGCCAAGGGAAGUGAAACUAGGAAAAGUCCUGGGGCAGGAGAGAUGUGGCUGGAAGGGCUCCCCUCCCCCUCACCUGCAGUGGCCUACCCCCUGACCUCUCUGCACCUAGAUGAACCAUUAUUGAAUCCUUAUUAGCCACAAAUCAUGAAGUCUCUGUCUUACCCACUGGCUGGUGAGAGGCCAGAUCUUUGGUGAGGGUCAAGCCAGGGCAAAGCAGGAUUGAGGUGCAGCAGUGCCUGUUACAAGAAUCAGGUAUUGUGAUAGGCCUGGCACCGCUUUGCUGCUCCCAUUGCUCACGUGUGUCUGUCAGCCGCCUCCUACCCUCUUGGUUCCGCUGGCCGGGCCAAGAGAGGAUGGGUGAUGGGGAGGCCCAGGAGAUGCUUGUAUAUAGUCGGGGGACUACUUUGAGCUCUUCUAGCUUAGGAGUCCCAUUCCUCCUGGAUGGAGAAAGGAUGUGGAGCAGGGCACAGAGGGAGGGCCCCUCUCUCCUUUGCCUGUUGUGAACUAACUUGCCUCUCCUCAGCCUUCCCCUCCAGACCACCAGCCUGGGAGAGGAGAGGAAGGAGGUCACAGCCCAGAAAACUGGCCUGUGGCAGCUUCCCUCCUUUCCACCAAUGUGAGCCAUCUUGAGAUGUCUGUACAAUAGAAACCAAAACAAAUGGGCACCCUGGGUUGCCCAGGGGCAGGGGACGGGAGGGGGUGGGAAGAAGGGGUGUCUGUCUGUCGAUCCCCUCCCCCUCUCCACUCCUUACCCACAAAGGCAAAAGACUGUUACACUAGGGGCUCCACAGAUCCAAUCCCACCCUUGCUGAGUGAGCCUUUCCUAGAAACAAGCGCAAAACGCAAAAGUGAGCGACAAAAGAGAAAGCAAUGAGGGAGUGAGAUGGGUAACCAACAGAGGAGAGGAAACAAAAAUAGCAAAAAAGAAAAAAAAGCAGUUCUUUAUAAUUUAAUAUUCUAUUUUAAUAAAGGCAUUUAUUACCGUAUAAAUGUAGCAAAGAACCUGGGCUAAUAUGAAAAAAAGACUUUUUAUUAGGUAAUUUAUUAUAUGAAAAGGAUAUUUUAUUUUAUGAUAAAGUGAUCCUUAAAAAAAACUUUAGAAGGUUUAGAAUAUAUGUAGGGAGAGAAGAAAAAAUACAUUUGUAUUCAGAGUUAAAUCUUAAAAAAGUUUUUAAUAUAUGUUCGGGUUUAUGUUCUUUUUUUUCCCCCCCACUUUUUUUUGGGGAGAAAUGUCAUUUGCUUUUCUUGGGGGAGCAUCCUGGGAUGGAUGGAUGGAGAGGGGAUGGAGGAGUUGGUCCCUUCUGGGGCCCCCACCAGUAGAUUGGAUUUCAUUCCCUGGGCUCCCCUCCCCCUCCCCCUCAGGGGAGCCGGCAGAGCCAAACAAAGGAAAGGAUUAACCAGAAAGGAAGAAGCUUUGGGACUAAAGACUGAGGGUCCUGGGGUGUCCCCUCCUUCCCCUACCCUGUGCCAGGGGCAAGUAAGGAGGGGAAAGCCAGAACUGAGGCCUAGCAGGCCUAUGGAAACCCUCAGAGGCGUGAGAUUUAAGAGAAAUAGAUUUUUUUUUAACCAAAAAAAAAAAAAAAAUGAGAAGAGAAAGAAAAACCGAGGGGUUUAAAAGAAGAGAAUACUACAAAAUAAUUCAAAUUUAUUUCAUAUAAUCCUAGAGAAAGAAAAAAGAAUUACUAGUUACUUAGUAGACGAUACUCAGAUAGCUUAAAGUUUAGUAGCAUUGUGGGCCCCUGAGCCCAGUAGAAUGUAUAAAAGUAUGGGAAGAAAGAAUAGAGGCCAGUGGCUGAGCUGCCUACCCCUGGCGACGGGGCUGGAGCAGUCUGCCAGCUAAGAUUGGGAGCUUCCAGUCUGCUGGGGUUGAUUCUGAGAAUCCUUAGGUUUUAAGUGUGGGACAAGUAUACGAGGGGCUCUGUCCCAGGGUCUUUGCCAGGGUAUACACUGGUCAUCUUAAGCCGGGUGAGACUGGGCCCAGAGCCUGGCCAUCUGUUGGGAAGCCCCUACUCUUAAUGCCCAACCCCCACCCAAGGCAGUUUCUCCCAGGCCACACUGAGGAAGUCCUUGAAGUCACCUCAGUCCAUCUUGCUACAGGUUGGUUCAACAAUGAACAUGCCAGUGCUUGUCAGCUCUGAUUGUCCAGUGCCCAUGCAGCAGGGAGAGUGGCAAUGCAAUCUAGUGCUGCUUUCCUUCACAUGUGUAGUGGGUUUUUGUUUUUAUUUUUUGACACAGGGUCUCUAGCUCAGUCUGGCCUUAAACAAGCAGCCAUCUUCUUGCUGCCUCCAGUUGCUGGGACUACAAGGCAUGCACCAUCACACUUGGCUUUGUGGAGUCCCAGAGAAAGUUACAUCCCAAGAAAUACUUUCUUCCCAGGAAGUAGAGUGCAAAUACUGGCCUGGGAGAACCUACCCCACAAAGUACAGAGGUAAAAGUAUGCAGGGAGCUUGGUGACCCCCAUUGCAGCCCUUGUGUCCUAGUCUCCCUCUGUGUUCAUAUAGGCAUCACCCACAUGGCCACGUCACCUUCCCUAGGAAAACUGGAAGCCUGGCUUUUGCAUGUGAGAAAUACACAUUUUUAAGCACUUGCCUUCCAUCAGCCCCCACUGGCAAUCCAAUCAGGAUGGGGAGAGGCCUCGUGGCUUUAGUUUGAGCAAGCAUUGCACCAGUGAUUGACAUACCACUUCGUGACCCUAGAGCCCAAACCCAUCUCUCUCCCCAGUUUGCUCUUCUCACCCCAUCUAGAGACUAGAGGUACCCCUGCCCCUUUUUGCCCUAGGACCCUCGAUAGUUUGAGAUGGUAGCAUCUGGAAAAGGGAGAAUUUCCCCUUGCCUGUCUGAGGGUGAAUGCUUGAGGGGUCAAGUGGGUGAGUGGAGACAACCCUGGGGCAGGGAAGAUGGUCUCUCCACUGUAGAAAGUAGAGUAGGAUCGUGGUCAGACUUAAUUUGAGGCAUCUAGUGACUCGUACAAAUCACCAAGGAAGAUUUUCAAAUGCAAAAUAAAGGUGGGAAAUAAAAUAGACCCAUGAAUAAUCAAGUCAAAGUGAUGUUGCACACAAUGCAGAGAAACCAAGAAGGGGGAGGGUUAAUGUAUUAAAUGUGCUAUUGAGAAGUUAAUUUUAUUAAAAGUAUUAUUACUUAA